UUUUACAUGUCGCCUAAAAUACGAUCGGCUUGUAAAUAGUCGGAUUUCAGCGCAUUUUGGGCAAAUCCCUCACAGAUGUGGAUGAUCGUGGACCACACAAUGAUCAAGACUUUCCUCUGAGACACGGUAGGUCUUUUUCUUUACCGCUGCAAAGCGAAUCCAGGCCUUUGUCAACGGUUCAAACCGCGUCGACUGACCUUUCUGAAACACCCAUGUCUGCCACCGAUUCCUUGUCGCCAAAUUCCGAGACACCAACCUCUACACUUCGGCAAAUUCCGUGCAUUGUCUGUCUUGUGAUGGGCGGUAUGGUCAUUGGUUGAAAUGAGAUCCAUGUUUUGAAGUUUUUUCAUAUCCUCCAGGGCUUAAGUCUUGCUGUAACAGAUGUUGGAGUUAUACUGAGGCUAAAGUCUUGGUACUCAAGCUGAUAUGGGGGCCCAGGAGUCAGUACCAGCCAAUCAAACACCAGACAGUGUGGAGGGUCACCGACAAGGGGAGGUAAUCAGUGACAAGCUCAGCAUAGAUGGACGCCCUCCUACUAUUUCUCCAGAGGAAGUACAUCUUGGUCCGCUGUCAGAUCAAGGUGUCUCUUCAAAUGAUGAUGUAAACCUAUUAAAUAUAGGUUUUAGAGAUUCGGAAAGCACUCUUGAUGAGAGCGACGAAAGUGAUGAUGAUUUUGAGGAUGCACUGGAUUCCUUCCAAAGUGACCAGACAGCUGCGACACGCAGCAGUGCAGCCCGUACGUCUGCAGCCGUUGAGUUACAGCAGCUGCAGGCAAGCAUCCUGGGGCGAUUGGUGGCUGAGGUGGAGGAACUUCUGAUUCAUCUGUCCAAUCAGAGUGAAGGGAUCAGCUCCCAUCAGUGUCAGGCGCUGCUGAGUUCUGUCAGUGCAGUUACCCAAGCUUAUUCAGCUGCAGCCGUAUCCAGUGACACACAAUCCACCAAUCAGAAUUCAGGAUUAUCAGGUGACCUUUCUGAUCCGCAUCAGUUAGCCAGUCAGUCAAAGCCGUCUGAUGAGGGUAAGGGAGGUAACUCUAACAUCUCCCGAAAGGAGAUGACCACCAACAUGCCCCUUGCAAAUGGAGUUUCCAAGGAAAAAGACAGUGAAAAUAUUUUAGAUUCUGCAUUUGCGAAUGGUGGCACGACUCUCCUAACCAGCAAUGGUGCUGGAGAUUUUGUUGAUCUACCUGGACCAAAAAUACGCUCAGAAAGCUCAUCUUCUGAAAACACAGCUUGGGAAAUUGACUUAAGCGAUUGGGGAGACCAGAAUGAAGUUCAGAAAAAGAAAUUGGCCACUAAACCUAUCCUGAAAAAAUAUGAAGUGGUUGUGGGCCAGAAUGGUUACGUUGCUCCAUCGGUCAGAGAGGACUUAAGCGAUAUUGCCCUAAGGAAAGUGCUUGACCUCAAACGCUGGUACUGUAUAUCCCGCCCCCAACACAAAACCUCCUGUGGAAUCUCCUCCCUGGUCUCCUGCUGGAACUACCUCUUCAGUUCACUUGGUCAUGGCAAGUUAUGCCCCAUCACACAAGAGCAGGCCCUCGCUGUCCUCGGCUUUCAACCUCCUUUCGAAGAGAUUCGUUUCGGACCUUUUACAGGAAAUUCUACACUUAUGAGAUGGUUUAGGAAGCUGAAUGAUCACUUUCAGGUCAAAGGUCGAUGCUAUUUCCUGUAUAAACCUCAGGGAAAGAACAAAACAUCAGGUGUGACAUCAGAGCAGGCGCUGGAGUUGCUAAGGAGAGGUCUCCAUGACAACCACAAUACCUUCAUUUACCACUGUCAGAACCAUUACUUCUGUCCAAUAGGAUUUGACGACACAUGUCUCAAAGCAGACCAAGCAUAUGGACCUAACCCAACAAAAGAAGAAUCUGAGACCUGGAUUUUAAUCGGAGACACUAGCAGAAAGCAUCCAGCUAUUCACUGUAAAAGGUGGACGGACAUUUCAACAGAUUUGAAUUGCAACAACCCGGAGUACUUAGAUAUUCGAAGACUUGAAAAAGGUUUGCAAAAGCGUAAAACGAAAAAGACAGGCGGAAAUCUUCACUGCAUCAUGACUUUCCAAAAGAGUCGAUUUAAUGAAGCGCGGAUGUCACGAUCACUGGGAAAGACAAGGUCAAAGAGUGAAUCCUCUACAAGUCCUGCAGGAAAAUUGCGCAAAAAUGGCUGCCCUUCCCUUACGAAGUUAAAUGGUAACCAUAGUGACCGGGAUUCAGCAAUCUUGGAUGAAAGUGAUGCAGAUUCAGUGGAUUCUGAUUCAGAAUGAGUUUGUGAAUUUGGGUAAAGAGUUUCAACAGAAAAUAUUACUAAAAUAUGGAAGAAAUUCUUGAUAACGUUUUGGGGGCUAUGAUAAAUAUUUUGAUGUAGAUGUUUGGUAUAGAUGGAAAUUUUAUGACACUGUUUAGUGUGAUUGAUAAAUAUUAAUUUUUUGGCGUAAAGUGUUUCUUAGUUUCAUGCAUUUGCAUAAAAUGCAGAUCUGUCUGGCAGGCUGGCUGGAAAUUUGAUUGUCCAUCUCUCUGACUGCCUGUCUGGCUGUCUCUCUGAUUGCCGGUUUGGUUGUCUGGC